ACAGGGCGAGGGGCGGAGAUGAAAUAUUCAGAUGAACUGGAGUGACAUAUCCUGGUUUCCAAUGCUCUCAGAAACUCAACUGCUCUUGCCUUCAACUCUUCACUUCAUAGUUCUUAGUACUAAAACAUUCGGGCGCUAGGGGAUCGUGGCUGCCUUCAUGCCGGCAGUUUGCUGAUCUUUGUGGUUGAUUUUUAUUUGCCUCGCUCUCUUAAUGUUGAUUGUUUUACACAACGGUUGUUUUUAUAGCAUUUGAUUUUUUUUUUCUUUUUUUUUUUUUUUUUUUGGUACUGUUUUGGAAAUAAAAACAGAAAAGAAACACACACAAAAGCAAUGUCGUAUCCUCAGGGUUACCUUUACCAGCCCCCUGGCUCUUUGGCUCUCUAUUCUUGCCCAGCUUACGGUGCGUCUGCGUUAUCCGCCCCAAGAAGCGAGGAGCUGGCGAGGUCUUCGUCCGGUUCAGCUUUUAGUCCUUACCCGGGAUCGGCAGCCUUCACUACUCCGGGUACGGGCUUCACCAGCCCGCUGCAGUACACCACGGAUCCGGCCACUGGAUUCCCGUCAUACAUGGGUUCACCUUACGAUGCCCACACAACAGGGAUGGCAGGAGCGAUUAGCUACCAUCCAUAUGGAAGCCCGGGGUAUCCAUACCAGCUAAACGACCCAGCUUACCGAAAGAAUACGACGAGAGAUGCGACAGCUACCCUCAAAGCUUGGCUCCAGGAGCAUAGGAAAAACCCGUACCCCACCAAAGGAGAAAAGAUCAUGCUGGCCAUCAUCACCAAGAUGACCCUGACCCAGGUCUCCACCUGGUUUGCCAAUGCCAGGAGGAGACUUAAAAAGGAGAAUAAAAUGACCUGGGCUCCAAGGAAUAAGAGUGAAGACGAGGAUGAAGAUGAUGGGGACGGGGAAAGAAAAGACGAACAUUCAGAAAAGAAUCAGCACAACAAUGAAACUUCGGCUGAGGACGAAGGCAUUGGUUUGCACGUUGACAACCUAACAGACCACUCUUGCUCUGCGGAGUCUGACGGGGAGAAAGUCAACUGCAGGAACGGGGACAGCAUGUGCGAGUCUGGUUCAGAAACCAAGGACAAACUAUGUGAUGAUGACGAUGAUGUUGAGGACGAAGAACGGGGUCGAGGCCUGUCUCCUAAGCCUGUGACAUCCUCGCCUCUGACCGGGGUGGAAGCUCCCGAACGUAAUCACGAAGACAACUGCAGAAACACACAUAAAACGAGCCUGGAUAAAAUAAUUUCUUCAAGCUCACAAACUCAGACCAUAAAGCCUAAGCUUUGGUCGUUGGCAGAAAUAGCCACUUCAGAUCCAAAACAGCACCAGGGGCAACAUUCUCCUUCCUCGGUAUUAUCAUCAUCAACUCUGUCAUCGACGUCUUCAGCUAGCACUGUUUACCCUGCCUCUUCAAUCCUAGGAAGGCCUAUUUAUUAUACGACUCCGUUUUACAGUAAUUACACAAACUAUAGCAACUUCAGCCCUCUGCAGAGCCAGGGGAUCUUGAGGUAUAAUUCUGCUGCUACGACAGCUAAUGAGGGGCUCAGUCAGAAUGUACUAAAUACGACCACUGUUCACAAACAGAGCAGCGACUCUCUAAUAAAAAGUAACUCAAACCAACUAGAGCAACACUUCAGGCUCGCUAGCUUGGAAUCCAGAAAAGACUCCAGUGUGGUGUGCACAGUAGGAGCCCAACCAUACCAAUAGAAGAGUAAUACAAAACAAAGCAAGUAGGUGUCACAAUUGCUUUGACAAAAUGUGAGCAAGCCAUCAUUCCCCACCCUCUAUUUUAAAAUAAUUUUCUAAUUCUGGAUCACAUCCUGGGCCACUGAAAAGAAGACCCACUGUGCGCUAUACUUUCAUUCUACAGAGACUAAUCAGUUACUUAUGAAUUAAUUGUGUGUGCAACAUUAUGUGCAUUUGUUGGCAUAGUAGUUUUCCCCAGUGUUAAUUUGACUUUGGAAAAAACCAAUCUGUUAUUUCUCAGGAUUCCUUGAUUGCUUCAUUGCCACGGUAUAUUGUAUACUAUAUGUGUGACAUGAAUUACUGUAAAACAUAUUUGUAAAAGAUGUAUAAUGUAGGAAAAAAUGUAUGAUGAACUGGAGUACAAAAAAUGGAAAACAUUUGAUAUUUAUUUUUGUAAUAAUGGCGAAGAGCCUAUAAUUUAUGCAAGUUGUAUUGCAAUGAAAUCUGAAAUUUGUUUUGUAAAUACAUUGACUGGUUUUUAUUUGAAACGUACUGGCAAGUUAAACCAUCUUUGGUUGUUAACAAGAAUACUUUGACUAAUUUAUAUCUUAAAUUGUAAAUAAAAAACAGACUAGUCUGCAACAACAAAA